AUGGGAGAGGCCGUUAUUCUUAGGGGGCUUGAUGAGCCAGUGAAGUUGGCGGUUGUUUGCCGAGACGGACAGUUGCACCUGUUUGAACAUAUUUUAAAUGGUUACUGCAAAAAGCCUCUCUUGCCGACAUGCACAGUACAGAUAGCAACUUCAGGAAAAGGCACUGAUACAAAACCUGUUCCUAUCCUGGCAGCCACGUUCUGCACUGACAGGCAGUCAAUAUUAAUAGCAUAUAACAGUGUUCUCCAUCCAAUUAUAGAAAGAGUGACAUUAAACACCACUGAAUCCCACAUUUGUCUGGUAAGAGACACACAGAUGACAGUGGCAAUCACAACCGAAACAGCUAUAACAAAGGUGAAAACUCCAAUAAUAACCUCUGGAGUUAAGGUGUUAGUGCCUGGUAUCCCUGGACAUAAUACAAGCAUCAAACACACAAUGAGUGAAUCAAGAAAGGAUGAAAAUAAGAGGAGGAAGGACCCUGAAAAUGAGCAGAGUAUUGAGGAACGUCUGUGCGCCAUGGAUAUUGAUGUGAUGAAAAUGAGGAAUAAAUCUGGCCUUCCGCAGACUGACAGCUUUGCGGUGCUGCUUGUACAAGGUUUAGAAAGUAGUGACUCAUCUAUUCUAAAUAAAGUACUGCAGACAAAGAAGGAUUCCUUGAUAAAGGCCACUAUUGCCAGGUUACCUGUUCCAGCAGUAGUUCCACUGCUUCAAGAGAUCACAAAGCGAUUACAAGGUCACCCAUACAGUGCAGCACUAAUGGUCAAGUGGCUAAAAGCAGUUUUCACUCUGCAUGCUUCCUAUCUGUCUACGUUGCCUGAUCUUGUACCACAACUUGGAGUUUUGUACCAGCUAAUGGAGAGCAGAGUGAAAACGCUACAGAAGCUCUCUCGGCUGCAUGGCAAGCUUUUCCUUCUUGUUACGCAGGUUGCAGCAUCAGAAAAAGCCCAAGACAUAAGCAGUGUGAACCAAACUGCAAAACUGGUUUAUGAGGAAGAAUCAUCGGAAGAAGAAAACUCUGAAGAUGACCUGAUGGCAGAUCAGGAAUCUGACGAGAAUUGGGAGGACGAUGAAGAGGAAAGAAUGGAUGACCCAAAAAUGCGCAUUGAAAAAGAAAUCAGUGAAGACUCUGGAGAGGACAUGCAUACAGGAAAUGAAAGUGAAGAGGAGUGAAACCAUUUUAGAAAAACAAAAAUAUUGACUGCAUUCUCAGCAUAUUUGGGCCAAUGAAUUUGACCUGGGCAUCUGAAUUUGUUUAUUUUGCCACUCAGAAGCUUCCUUUAUUUUUUAGUUUGGAAAGCAAGUGACAGACUGCCAGUGUGUUAAGAACUGUUUGUGCACUUUGAAUUCCAAGAAAUAUUUGACUAUAUUGAUGGUGCACAGUUCACAAAUAUAUAUUUCUGCAACCAUGUUUCUAGUGCAGGUCGUUUUUGGACCACAUUUAUACAUGGAGUGAUUUACCACAGACAGAAAUGUGGCAGUAACUCGUGAUCACUUGGAAGGCGGACAGAUGGUCAGCUAAUUCAUGGCUACUCCCGUUGCAUUUUAACCUGACCUGGGACGUAAUAUGGAUUUGACAUGUACAACGUCAUGGAAAUUUUCCCAAUUAUUUUGGUUUUGGCAAUUGGCCAGCUAGUUCCCAUGUUUUCAGGUUAGUAUGUUGCAGUAUGUAGUCAUUGGCUAGUUGACAGAAUUAUGUAUAUUUGUCUAUAAAUCAAUGGUUUUCAGCAAUUAAUGCUGUGUUCUCCUUUGUAAAGUGAAUAAAUCCGAUUCUCCUUUA